CUCUCUCCAUGUUGCAGCGACGCCGACGACGACGACUCCAUCUUAGUCCCAGCGCCGCGAUGUCGAUGGCGCUGGGUUCGUAGAAUGUCUUGCCAAGCACGUCUCCGCUUAAGAACGAAGACGCGGAAGGGAGCUCAAGGCGUUGACGGGAACAUACGCCUCGGCCAUUUGCGUUGUCGGACCUAGCUCCUAGGCGUCGCGCAGGCCAGACCGCAACGCCGUGUUGUGCCCCGGGAUGACGAGACAGUGCGUAUAGAACUUCUGCUCACAAUAGUGACGGAGGGCGCACUCGAUGAGAAUGCAGGUGAAUGGCAGCAAUAAGUCCACCAAGUUUGCCGGAGCUCCAGGACGAACUUAGGAGAUCCCCGGGUAUGUAAGCUAUUUGUGUGCGCGUCUGCUUUACUCACCUCCGACGGCCGUUCUCUCGCCACGGCCUUGAACACAUACGUCUCGAAAGCCUGCUUACGAUUAGCGACAUAUGACCGUAUGCGACUGGCUGUCGUGAAUAUACGGCUCAAUAUUAAUGCCAAGCUUCGGUCCCAGUCGCGUAGGCGCAGUCGACGUCAUGAUGAAAUCCUGCAAUGAGUCGAAAAAAAUCUAAGAACGCUCUCCUUUGGCCAGUAGCGACGGCAUGCGCAGCAGGCUAUGGUCAGCAGCGGAACCACGUCAUGAUCAUAGCGUAGUCAUCGUGCCAGUCGUCGACGUCCGGUGGUGACGCCUCGGAUCGCUUGCCAAAUCGAGGCAGCGAGACGUGGCUCCGAUUGCGCCGAUCGAAUUCUACGCGGGGUCUGGGCACUUCGGCAAGAUGCCGCAGGGCGCUUCGCUGUAGCGGGUGGCCCAAACUGGUAUGGAACUCGAGUCGUGCUUCGCAUUGGUGUUUCCGGGGACGGCCACGCUCGGAGGCGGCACAGCAGUAAAACGCUGGCUGAAUCACUCCUCUCUUUCAUACCACUACCCAUCCCCCCGUCCUCACAGGCAGCACAAUGGUCGUAGCCAACCUCACUAAGAAGACCGUGCGGGCAGCCAAGUCGGUGACGAAGGGAUACUCCAACACCCAGAGCAAGGUUAGGAACGCCACAAAGAAUGACCCCUCGCUGCCGACUACGCGAGAGCUGAACGAGAUUGCCGAGCUGUCGUACAACAGCGUCGAUUUCGUCGAGAUCAUGGAGGUCAUCAGUAAGCGAUUGAACGACAAGGGUAAGCUAUGGCGGCACGUAUUUAAGGCCUUGACUGUCUUGGAGUAUCUCCUGUUCUGGGGUGCGGACAGCGUCAUUCGCUACUGCGAGGAUAAUCUGUAUGAGGUCAAGACUCUCCGCGAGUUCCAGUAUGUCGACGAUAACUCCAACGAUUGCGGGAUGAACGUGCGCCAGAAGGCGAAAGACAUCACGAAUCUGAUCCUCAACCCCAAUGUGCUGAAGAGCAAGCGGCGCAAGGGUAGCCAACCUAGUCCUCAAAAUGUCGACGAGCUAUAUGGCUCACAACGCUCGAGCCCGUACAGUCAAGCUCGGAAUGUGCCCGAUCGUGACGAGGAGAGGAGGCGUGUUUCGGCGGAGAGUCGGCGAUCGGCAGAGCAGAAGCGCAAGAGCACGGAGGAGGCAGACCUUCAGCGUGCCCUACAGCUGAGCAAGGAAGAGGAAGAGAAGCGUCGGCGUGCCGUCGAACAGUCAAAUUCAUCAUUGUUCAACGAGCAAGAGGAGAAGAAACCCAAAGACGACCCUCUGAUUGAUUUAUCUGACAUUCAGAUCACCCCUUCGCCUGCACUGCAGGUGCAAUAUACUCAGUACCAGGCCGUGCAGCCUCAAUACACAGCUAUCCAACCUCAGUACACACAGAUUCAGCCGCAGUACACUCAGUUCCAGGUGCCACUCACGUAUGGUCAGGAUAUCGCAGCUCUGCAGGCGGAGUAUCUGCGGCAGCAGGCUGAGUGGACGCAACAGCAACAAAUGGCCGCUCAAGCGCAGCAGGAGGAGUACUUGCGUCAACAGCAAUAUCUACAAUAUCAACAGCAGCAGAUGCAGACGAUCCAGCCGCAGCCAACGGCUAUCGGAUCGAACAAUCCGUUUGCGGCUCCGAGUCCCUCUCCCAGCUUGAGCUCCACUUCCUCGAGCAGUAGCCUGAGCCGGACGACUUCCCCUGCUACGCCGUAUUCCGCGCGCUCCCUCAGCAGACAAGACGAGCAGCACUCGCACUUGGCAGGCUUGUAUGGGGCCCGCGGAGACGACGGCGUGGAUACGUUUGGAAAUAUGGGAUUCCUUCGGUUUGGUCCGACCGACACUGGACGAAUUGCAGCUACAAAGACGGGCAACAGCAGCGUGUAUUUGACAGCCCAGCAUACUGCAGUAUACUGAUCUCGGCCAUGCCUGAGUCGCUCCACAUUCUAGUGUAAUAUUUCCAUGCUCUAUCUAUGUACCACUAGUUGCCGGUUCGGCGUGUAUUUGUAUUCUCGGUUCCGAUCUUCU